UUACUAUAAAACACUAUCAGAAAGAAAAACUAUAACGAUAACGAUAACGAUAACGAUAAGAGAAGCCAACGUUAAUCUAUGCAAUUAUCGUCGCGUUCAACUACAUCAGGUUUCUAAGCAAGUGGCGCGUUUUGGAUAAGCUGCCACUGCCACAGCCAAGCCGCCAAGAUGACCAUGUGGCAGAGUGGCGGCAUGGGAGGCCAUGGCUCCCAAAACAAUCCAUGGAUGAAACUGAUGGGCAUCGUGCACAAGGAGCGCCGACACACGGACAAUGUGCAAAGCCAGAGCGGCUCCAACGAACGGAAUCUGAAUCAGUCUUUGCCCAAAUUGAGCAGUCAAGACGAAGAAGGGGGGGCUGGUCAUGGCUUUGGUGGCGGACCACAACACUUUGAACCCAUUCCUCACGAUCAUGAUUUCUGCGAGAGAGUCGUUAUAAAUGUAAGCGGGUUAAGGUUUGAGACACAACUGCGUACGCUAAAUCAAUUCCCGGACACACUGCUUGGGGAUCCAGCUCGGAGAUUACGGUACUUUGACCCGCUUAGAAAUGAAUAUUUUUUUGACCGUAGUCGUCCGAGCUUCGAUGCGAUUUUAUACUAUUAUCAGAGUGGUGGCCGACUACGGAGACCGGUCAAUGUCCCUUUAGACGUAUUUAGUGAAGAAAUAAAAUUUUAUGAAUUAGGUGAUCAAGCAAUUAAUAAAUUCAGAGAGGAUGAAGGCUUUAUUAAAGAGGAAGAAAGACCAUUACCGGAUAAUGAGAAACAAAGAAAAGUCUGGUUGCUCUUUGAGUACCCAGAGAGCUCGCAAGCCGCCAGAGUUGUAGCCAUAAUUAGUGUAUUUGUUAUAUUGCUAUCAAUUGUUAUAUUUUGUCUAGAAACAUUACCCGAAUUUAAGCAUUACAAGGUGUUCAAUACAACAACAAAUGGCACAAAAAUCGAGGAAGACGAGGUGCCUGACAUCACAGAUCCCUUCUUCCUUAUAGAAACGUUAUGUAUUAUUUGGUUUACAUUUGAACUAACUGUCAGGUUCCUCGCAUGUCCGAACAAAUUAAAUUUCUGCAGGGAUGUCAUGAAUGUUAUCGACAUAAUCGCCAUCAUUCCGUACUUUAUAACACUAGCGACUGUCGUUGCCGAAGAGGAGGAUACGUUAAAUCUUCCAAAAGCGCCAGUCAGUCCACAGGUAUGAGAUUUUUGUUUGGCCAAAACUGUAAUGCUAAAUUA